GUGCGUCAGCGAUAGAUUUGGCGCUUGCCGGGUGGGAGGCUUCACUUCUUCCCGCGGUGUCGGUUGUGUGGCUGUCUACUCUCGCUGGUGAUUGGUGUUUCCCCGAGUCGGUCGUGGUCGGCUCUGAGUGCCUCCCCGUUGGUCCUCCUCCUCCUUCUUCCCUCCGCGCCUCCCCCUUCCCGUCCUCCCAUCCCCCCCGCCCCCCGUUUUGAUUUGUGGGCUCUGCCUUUUCUUCGCCGGCGGGCGGCGAUCCUGGGCCCAGAGGCAGGUAGUGCCCGUUCCCUGCCUUAGCCCAGAUGGGCGGAAUCGGUGGCGGUAGAUUGCUUAGUUUGGUGACCAGCUGUUUCUCUUGGCUCAGAAGACGGAGAGAGCCCAUCAGAAAGGUGACACUGUUGAUGGUGGGCCUUGACCAGGCUGGUAAAAGCACAGCGGCAAAAGGCAUUCAAGGAGAGGCCCCCGAAGAUGUAGUACCAACUGUUGGAUUUUCUAGAAUUGACGUUAGACAGGGAAGGUUUGAAAUUACAAUUUUUGACUUAGGAGGUGGACAGAAAAUUCGAGCAAUAUGGAAAAAUUACUAUGCUGAGUCACAUGGAGUAAUAUUUGUGGUGGAUUCCAGUGAUGAAAAGAGAAUGGAAGAGGCUAGAGAGGCAGUGGCUGAUGUUCUAAGUCAUCCCAGGAUAUCAGGAAAGCCCGUAUUGGUUUUGGCGAAUAAACAGGAGAAAGAAGGGGCUUUAGCAGAAGGUGUCCUAAUAGACCGGUUAUGCCUGGAGAAACUGGUCAACAGACAGAAAUGUGCCUGCCAGCUAAAAGGUUGUUCAGCAGUCUUGGGCUCUCGGAAGAAAAUGGAGACUUCCAUAAAAAAAGGUCUUGACUGGUUGCUGGAUAUCAUCGGAGGUGACUUUGAUUCCUUAAAUGAGCGUGUUCAGAAAGACACAGCUGCUCAACAAAUUUUCGAGGAAAGAGAGAAACAAGAACGAGCUGAGCGAGUGAGGAAACUACGAAAAGAAAGAGAACAGGUAGAGAGAGAACAUGCUACAGAGCAUCCUGAAUUUGACAAAAAUCAUGAUUCUGACGAUUCUGAUGAAUUUGUUGUCAGCCCUUUUCAGCCCGUAAAUGUAGCAAUUGCAGAGAGUGAAAAAAGAAGGCAGAGGAUGGAUAAAGAUGUGAACAAAAUUUUUAUGAAGCCUAGCACAGAACAGGAACAAUUUGAGACCCAGAGCGAGACCAGCAACGGCAGACAAAAAAGCACUGAUAAGGAACUUGUAGACCUUCAUAAGACAGUGGCAUUAACACAGCUCGUACAGAAAGAAAAAGAGACAAACCAACAACAGUCCUCUGGAUGCAGUGAUUCAGAUCUCAAUAGAAAGAAAACCAAGAAAUUCCAAUUCAAAAGUUCCCGGAUAGUACCAGUUAAUACAGGAGACUGUGAUGCAAAGGUUCUAACAUCAUCCCAAUAUCCUCCACCUGAUCUGAAAGCUAUAUUAAUUAAUGUUGUGCUAAAUUUUUUCCUUUUAUUCUCUUUGGUGGGGAAAGCCCCGGAGAUAACUGAGCCUCCAAAACAUGAACCUUUUGGUGAAACACUCCAAAAUGGUAAUGUAACAAGAUCUCUAUUUGAUGUCUCAUCUGUAUUCCCCGUUUUCUGCGGGAUCGGGACGGACGAAGAGCGCGAGAGUUGGGCAAGGGGAGAGGCGAAGCGUGGUCUGGGCGGAAGGGAUUGGACUGCGGCAUCGUGA